AUGGCCGACCUUUCCUUAAGCGGCGACGACGGAUAUGGGUCCGGAGAACAGAACAAGGCGAUGCUGGGUAAAAUUACAAAACCCGUGGAGGCCUACCCGGCUGCAUCCCAGGAUCUCCUCUUGGGUCUCCCGCUUGAUAUCCUAAUUAAUAUCGUGGAUCUGAUGGCAGAUGACCGCGCGACUCUUGCUGCCCUGGCUUUGGUUAACAGCGAUUGCAGACAGCUAGCUCUUUGCUACCAGUUUGCCGAGGUCUGCUUUAAAUACGAGGCCGACAAAUGUGACCCGCUUGGACGGUCAGGUCAACUUCUUCAUCGGCUCUUAGAGGAGACCCGCAUCCGGCGCGGUAGCAGCGACAUCCCAAGCGAUACUACCCGCCGAUUUUUUGUUGGGCCUUGCAUGCGCAGAGUGACAAUACACCAACGCAUAGAGUGUCUCUCACUGUAUGACCACCGUUACAACCCAAACGAUGCUCUAGCCCAACCUACAGCCGUAACUCGCUCUGCCAGGCGGCUUUACCAACCCACUGACGCCGCCAGCAAGUACAUUACGACGUUCCGCGCCCCUCUCUUGACCGUCCUGAAAGAGGCAAUGCCAAAUCUCGAGUCACUUUCUUGGAUGCGUGGCACGUGCCUUGGCAUCCCCUUCUCCCUUGAAACCAUUACCCAUCUACCCAUACGACGUCUCGAGAUGUCUGUGGCGGCCAAUAUGGGGGAACCAACCACCUUCGAAGCGCCCACGGCUCCGGUAGCGCCUUCAUGA